AUGCCAAACACAUCAGCUGGUAUGGUCAUUGGCAAAUCGGGGACAAACAUCAAAGAUAUCCGUGAAACGUAUGGAUGCCAAAUUCAAGUGUUUCCGAAAGCAGGCUCACCCGAAGCACAAAAUUCGCUGGAGCGAAUCGUCACACUAGCACAUGAGGACCACUCGCAACUGAUUCAAGCCACGAGCCGUGUGCUGGAGAAAGUGGUGGCUGAUCCCCAUCACACGAGUGAAAUCAACAAGGAGGAUUUCAGUGGAAAAGGAGGACAAACUAGGACUGGGAAUACAUCGUUCACGUCCACCCCCGCUUUCACUAAUGGUAAUACAGCUGCAGCCUUUAACGCGGCUCCACCUGCAUUUGCGGCUCAGACUUAUGGAUAUCAGGCAAAUCAGCAGCAACCUACGAUGAAGUUCAAUCCUAUGAGUGGCCUUGGAAAUCAAGAGUUGCUCUCGUUUCUUGACAACCUUCAGUCGACUCUGCGCUCAUCAGGCUUCAAUGAGGCCAGUGUUGCUGAAGUAAUGCAGGCCAUGCAGGUA